CGCAAUGUUGCUCGCGUAUUGCACCAUGACGCUGGACGCAUAUUGUAGACCUGUGGUAUCUGAUGUGAUCCUGGCGGACUUGUAUAUAUCGAAGAGAUGAAAAAGGCACCUGCCAUGACAGAGUCACGGAAACAUGGACGAGCAAAGUUUCCCCAUAUUCGGAGAAGAUGGCGCGGCCUUUGGAUCCAGACACUCCAACUCUGAUUCUUGACAACAUGUGCACCCAGUCGAUGUCCUCGACGCGACCAUCUACUCUACUCCGUACACUCAGAUCAGCCCAAUAACGCGCCCGGACGGUAUCAGAAACAAUCAGGAUGAGCGAGCCAACACAACAGCAAAAAGCGAAUCUAGCCCGUAUCAGGGACAACCAGCGAAGGUCCCGCGCUCGCCGAAAGGAAUACUUGCAAGAGCUUGAGACCAAAUACCGAUCUUGCGAGGCGGUCGGGGCAGAGGCAUCAGCCGAGAUACAAGCAGCAGCACGAAAGGUGCUGGAUGAGAACAAGCGGUUGCGCCGACUGUUGCGACAGCAAGGCUUCAGCGAUGCAGACAUCGACGGUCCUGAGCACGACGAGUUUGCUUCGUCCCCUUUGGCCGCCGAGAUGUUAGACGUCAUGCUGGUCACACGCAAACCAUGCAGACCGUCUUCGGGCUCAGGCUGUGGUGACAACCAAGUGUGCAAGACCGAGGAUGAAGACGAUGAUGAUGACAUGGACUCGAGGCGACAGAGCGUCAUCUCAGCACAUACCGCCGCCCCGGGACAUGUCGCUCCUCGGCAACAGAAACAGCAACACCAGCGACCCAUUGCUCUCGCUCCUGCUCCUGCUCCUGCUCCUGCUCCUGCUCCUGCUCCUGCUUCUGCUCCUGCUCCUGUCAUCGCGCCGCUGCCGAAACAGCUAUCUCACCAACCCAUGGCACAGCAACGACAGCCACAACAUGUUUCGAUGCACCACCAACAACAGCAACAACAUGACCCGCUUCAGAACGAGCCGCACAUGCAAUUUCAAGGCCAGCUGUCUCAGUAUCAGCAGGUCCAGUCUCAACAACAGCAACCCCAAUUCUUCAUGUCACCACCCUCGCAUAUUCUGGCAACUCCCGUACCUCAGCCAAAUGCACAAACAUCACCUGGAGCGUUUGUCCAAGAUUAUCCCCUAUAUGCGCCGCAGCCCUUUGGCUAUGGAGUCCCACAAUCCCAACUGCUUGACUGGGAUAUGGCGGCUGUCGAAGGCAUCCCACAGACUGGGAACUAUACGACUCCUGGGCAUUACCCUUCCCCCACGCCUGGCUUCUCGAACGCAAUGUCAUACACAUCGCCUACGCAAACAUCAAUCUCCGGAUACCACGGACAAGACAAUACUUCUUCGUGCUUCACGGCGGCUGAUGCCAUUCGUACUUUGCAUGUUGGAGCAGGUGCCGAAGUCGAGACGGCACUCGGAUGCCGUGACAAUAGCAAAGACUGCCGUGUUGACAACGCAACGGUUUUUGAUCUCAUGGACCAUUACUCUGGCGUCCAGAGUCAACAAGGUGGCAUGUAACAUGGGAAAAGAAGCACGAACAAUUAACGACAGCAACGACCACACAUACAUUCAGACACUGUACAUAUCAUGCGAUUCUGUCAAAGCCAGCAAAGUAGAAGGGGGGUUCACAAAUAAUGUAUAUCUCAAGAAGAAACCCGUGCAAAGACAGAGACGUUUGCUUGAGUAGUAUCGCGUGGAAGUGAGCGGCACAUGUGCGUGGGUACAGAUCGUGCAGUGUGUUUGCCUACCGUAGUAGAGCCUUGGGCAUCUUUCACAUGCAAGUGCGGCCGGAAGGCGGAAGAGCGCACAGACCGCGUGACUGUUGCCUCACAACGGACUCGUCUCACCAAGAGAGAGACUGCGCUCUAAACUUAUCGCAUACCAUCUUCUUGACCAUUUCCG